CCAGCGGACCCUAAAAUGGUCGUCAUCCAACUCCAGUUUCUCGGACGAGACAAGCAUGAAACUGCUGAUAUGAGACGCCGGCCACGCUUCCCCCGACCAUCGACCAUGCCCAGGAACCAUGAAUGCAAAGCGUUACCCCACAUGCCAAAUUGGCUCCCAGUCUCAUUUCCAUGACGGGUCGUUCUCUCCUGCUUGCAACUCGAUUGAGAUUCCUCCUGGGCAUGACCUAGGGGGCCGAAGAGAACACAGCCUCAUUCCGGGUCGAGUGUCACCUUGCGAAUAGCCGAGAGAGAAAGGAGCUUUGCUCUGAGCAUCAAGGAUUUCCACACCCUGAAACAAUAAUUUCCGCUGUGACGGACGAAGAAGAGUGAGCACUAUCGUUGAUGAUGUGCUGCGAGAGCACCAGAUUAUAUCGUCCUGAAAACCCGUGGCUGGGUUGGACGAUACUUUUCUCGUGCCUCACAAGUUCGCAUGGGACAACAAUGCUUUUCCCGAGCAUGCAGCAACUCCUCAAGAGUAAACUUCUUGGGUGCAGCGUGCCAACCCUUUGUCCACGAAUCAUUUCAGAAGAUUACGAGGUAAUCCAUAUAUCACUUGGAACCGAGGUGUGGGAUGAACAGGACCAUGGUUUUCCUCUUCAUAACCAGGCUACAGCCCGUUUGAAUAUAGCCCUUUGCUGACCAUCUCUGGGCUCUUCUUCCCUUUCACUCCAAGCCUUGUACACAACCCAUCGUCUCGGUUUCGAAUAUCAAAAUGACCUCUACCGAACCACUUCCCUCUGCUCUCCCGGACCCUACCGUCCAUAUCACAACUCACAACUCCUCUGGCAAAGCUACAGUCUACUCUUCGUCCCAGAACCAAUGGAACUGGUUCCCUGAAAGGGCCGUUGGAUUCAACGUGGUGUACACUACCUCGUCUUUCCCGGUCUCACUGAACGACGAUGUCGACAUCGAAACCCACAAGGCGACCAUGUCCAGUGGUAAGCUCGGACUUGUCAAGAAAGGCGGUACCGUCUGUCGUAUUGUUGAUUUUGGUCCGGGAGGCACUCCACUGAUGCAUCGCACGCAAAGCCUCGACUAUGGGGUAGUGUUGGAAGGCACCAUCGAGAUGGAAUUGGACGAUGGCAGCGUCACUCUUUUGAAGCGGGGAGACGUUGCAGUGCAGCGGGGGACCAACCACGCGUGGAGAAAUCCGAGCAAAACGGACUGGACGAGGAUGCUGUUUGUCUUGCAGGACUGCCAGCCAGUACUUGUGGGCGGAGAAAGACUUCAGGAAGAACUAGGAGAAGGAGGAAAGGACAUUCCGAGAAGUGGCAAUGACGAUUGAGCCGUGCCGCCAGUCCUCGCCAGCGUCAAUCUAUGGCAUUUUCCCCUGGGUGUCACGCUCUGCUUGUGUAGGGCGACUUGAGCAUCUGUGAUAUGGAUCGUUCCCUGUCGUCUGACUCUUUUUGCUCCAACAAGAAUUUUCUUCUGCCUAAAUUACCA